UGCUGAAUAACUGACAAACGCGUAGCAUUUGCAGUCAGUUGAUUGAAAUUCUUAUAUUCGCUUUUAUUUUUAUUUAAUUUUUCUCUCAUUAAUAAUCUAAUUGCAAUAUGAACUGGUUUGUAAAGUUGUUGCUGUUGUUACUUUCUUUGUAUAAUGUAAUCUUUUCGGGCCACUGUCAAGGUUUCACUAUCAAAGAUGUAAACGUGCAUUUAUUAGAAGACAGCUUCCGCGUUUCAUUGCCUGAUGAGCCAGGUAUCAAAUUUGUUGGUUUUAAUGUCAAUGUUAAUCGAGAAUUUAAAAAUUUCGAGGCUGGCCAGUAUACAGCGGGUGUUCUCGCGGCCGCAAAUGAUGCGUGGGGGUUCGAAGUUAAACGCAAACUGCGGAACAAUGAUGUUGUCCAUGUUUGGGUCGGUGUACAGUUUGAAAAUCUUAUUUAUCGCAACCGUAUCAGCCCUAUUUAUAUAAUUAACGGGCAAGCAUCAUCCCUACCUCCUGAGAUGGAGCAAUUGCAAACUACUAGCAGUACACGAUCACCGCCCCCAUCGCCGCCAAAACCGCCAUCGGCAACUCAAAACAAAAAUCAAGGCUGCCAACCUACCAUUACAGAACUUCCCGUUACCAAAAAAAAUUUGUGCCGUGAUGAUUUAAUAUUUGAGGAUAAUUUUGAUGUACUACUCUAUAAUAAUUGGAAUCCCGAGGUGCGAAUGCCUCGUGAGGCUGAUGAUUCAGAGUUUGUGAUUUACAAUAACUCUUUCGUAAUUGAUUCCGGUAUAUUAAAGAUUACGGCACGUCUUAAUCCGGCCGAUAUACGGAACGGUGCCAUCGAUUUGGAAGAAAGAUGUACUGGCAGUUUGACUCAUAAAGAGUGCGCUACUGCCAACAGAUUUCGCAGCAUUUUACCGCCUGUAAUUUCUGGACGUAUAAAUACAAAAAAUAAUUUUUAUUUUAAAUAUGGGCGCGUUGAGAUAAGAGCCAAAGUUCCACUAGGUGAUUGGCUAUAUCCACUGCUAUUACUGGAGCCAAAUAAUGUUGAAUACAACAUGCACUACGAUUAUGGCCAAAUGCGCAUUGCCUUUACUCGCGGUAAUCGCGAAUUACAAUGGCAUGGUUCUGAUAUUGGCAAUGCGCGUUUAUAUGGCGGAGUGGUGUUAACAGAAGCUAUUGAAUUUCGGCACCAAUCUAUGGUUAAUGUCGCUAUCAACACCAUUACUGAUCGGCAACAAAAUUUCGGCGGAGCUUUCCAUAUUUAUUCCUUGACUUGGACUCCUGAUGAGUUGAUAUUAAAUGUAGACGGACAUGAGUAUGGAAGAGUGGAAUGCAAUUUUUCGCCUAUCUAUAAUAAAUCGAUAUGGAAGAGGGGUGCAAAAAAUGCCCCCCUUGACAAAUUCUUCUACAUAACGUUGGGCUUGGGUGCUGGUGGCCAUGGUGAUUUUCCUAAUGAUGUGCAGAAACCCUGGCAAAAUACUGCACCAUUAGCACAAUUAAAAUUCUGGGAACAAAGAGGUGAAUGGAUACCUACUUGGUCUCAUCCUAUUUUGGAGGUGGAUUAUGUUAGAGUUUAUGCGGUAUGACAAAUUUGUUUAA